AUGGAUGUCGCGAAGUCAGUGCCAGCGGCUAUGUUAACGCCCGACAGGCCGCCUCCGGAAGACUACUACCAAAACAAUUGUCGGGUCCUCAUCAGCUUUGUCUUGCAACGCUAUGCGCAGCUGUUGAUUGCUACUGAGCACCAGAUGCUGGAACGUUUCAUCAGCCUGAGCGAUGACAGCCAACGGCUGUUUGCGCGACUGCUGACCCGCAAGCCACUUGUGCGUAUCGAUCAGAUUGAGUAUGCCGAGGUGGGUGAUCUGGCUGCUGCCCUUGAAGAGCUGACAGUGGCCGCGCUGAUUGAAUUGAAUCCAGCAGUGGCCGCGCUUGAAGUGCUUGAUCUCCUGCGCAAAGCAGAGUUGCACGCCGAGGUAAAAAAUUUACCCAAAAGUUGUAAGAAGGCUGAUCUGCAACUGGCGUGGCUGGAUGGUCGCUGCGAUACACAGGUGCGUAUCCGUGUGCGGAAGACGGUCAGCUGGUUGCGGGUUGCGCGGCGUGAGGUCUGGGAUCUGGUGCAAUUGCUGUACUUCGGCAGCCGCAGGCACGACUGGUCCAGUUUUGUGAUGCGAGAUCUUGGCAUGGUGGUUUAUGAACCUGUGGCCAUGCACACCCACCAGUUUGCCAAUCGCGCCGAGUUACAACAGACACUUAAGUUUCAGCGCCUGGGUGAUCUCAGUCAGCGGCUCGACGAACACACCCAUCUAGCCGCUGCGCUGUCAGCCGAAUUGAUGCCGACAGUCUCUGAUCGAUUUCUCAGGCGCAGACGUGCUCGGGCCUUGAUGCGUAUUGCCCGAUGGCACGAACGCAGUCAGUCCUGGUCCGAUGCUGCGCAAGUUUACCAGCAGGUUGAACGGCAUCCGGCACGUGAACGCCUGGUUCGAGUGCUGCACAAACAAGGCGACCAACUGGCCGUUGCAGGAUGGCUGGAAGAAAUCAGCCGUGCGCCGCUGUGUGAGGAAGAAGCUCAGUUUGUAGAACGUUUUGGUCGACGCCAGGCAGGCUAUCAGCCACCCACAACGGUGAUUGAAAUUGACCAGGCUGAACCGAACAUAGAAGCUCAGGCAUUAGAGCUGCUGUUGCGUCCCGGGGCCUGGGGUAUACAUGCAGAAAAUACCCUGUUCAAAACAUUAACCGGCCUGAUUUACUGGCCAGUGAUUUUUUCAGACAUUCCUGGUGCUUUUACCAACCCUUUUCAAUCGGCACCUAACGAUCUUUUUGAUGAUGACUUUGUUGAGGUCCGUGCGGGUUUGAUUGAAGCGCUGGAGCAACGUCUGGCAGACGAUAACAACCUGGCGACACACCUACACCAUAUCAUCAGGGAAAAGCAGGGCAGAGCUAACGCCCUGGUGUAUUGGCCGUUGCUGGAUUCGGUGUCACUGGAUGAUCUGCUUGAAGCUGUCCCGCUGGAUGAUAUACGUAAACUUUGCGCAUUCAUGUUACGGAAUCUGUCGCAACGUCGCGCGGGUAUGCCUGAUCUGUUCAUCGCUUAUGGUCCCAACACCUACGAGCUGGUCGAAGUUAAAGGCCCUAACGAUCAACUACAGCCGGGACAGCGGGUCUGGUUCAAACAUCUGCAACGGCUUGGUAUUCCGGCUCGAGUGGUCAAGCUGAAACUGGCGGCGCGCGAGUUCACUUGUCGUACUGGCGAUCUUUACCCAUCCCGGCAGGGGCGCGCGGUGGAUGCCGAAGAGGGCAUUGUCGUGCAGCGGGAACUGCAGAAGUUACGUCUGUCAGCUGACCCGAACUAUCAGUGCGAAGUAGCCGUUGGAUUGGUGUUUCAAACGCUGCCUGGGGAACGCAGGCUCAGGGGGCGAAUUGACGGCUUAUCAACAGAAGCUGAUUGUCUGGUUGUCGAAGAGAUCAAGUGCCGUGGCGCGCUGCCUGCCCAGGCGGAUCCGGUGGAUUUUGCCCAGGCAUUGAUCUACGCCGGCAUGCUGGCAUUGAAGGACGAUGCAGAUACGCCGCGUUACAAGGUGCGUGUGGUGUAUGUCCAUGCCGACACACGUCAGACGGCCGAAUUCACUGAGACAUUAGAGCGAGCCGUUGUUGCGGGCAGUGUCCAGUUCAUGCUGCUGUGCCUGGUUUGUCGGUUACAGCGCCACUAUGCGCGCAACCUGGCCCGCCUUGAUUGGGCGGCGACGCUGGAGUUUCCCAUGCAGGCCUUCAGGGCUGCCCAGCAAGCACUGGCCAGGCGAGUUUAUCAGGCGCUUGCCAGACAGGAGAAUCUGCUGCUCGAAGCGCCUACGGGUAGUGGCAAAAGCCUGGCGGUACUUUUCCCUGCGGCAAAAGCGCAAAAACUGGAAGAGCAACUGUUUUUCCUCACCAGCCGCAAUGCCGGUGCUGACGCUGCGCUGAUGGCCUGUCGACAGAUUGACCCGCAGGCUGCUCACUGGGUGGUUGUGGAACUGACGGCAAAAGCAAAAGUCUGCCUCAAUCAGGGCGUCGCCUGUGAUCCAGAAAACUGCCCGCGUGCGAUAGGUUAUUACGACCGCGUAAACCCGGCGGUUGAUGUCCUGCUGGAAUACAAAUAUGCGGAUCGGGCAAGGAUCGAACAGGUUGCUCUUGAACAUCAGGUGUGUCCGUUUGAGCUGUCUUUGGAUCUGGCACUGUGGGCUGACGUGAUUGUCGGUGACUACAACUAUGUAUUUGAUCCGGUUGUGCGCCUAAAACGCUUUGCCGAACACCGACAGUUGCAUUUGCUGGUGGAUGAAUCUCACCAGUUAAGUCCUCGUGUCAGCGAUAUGCUGACGGUGCGGUUUGAUCGGGCUCUGGUGCGCGACGCCAAAGCCACUACCCAUGAAAUCAUGAAGAAGAAAGUGCUGUCCAUCGACAGGGCUUUGCUGGCCCUGAAACGCACAUCCGGUGAAGGUGAACAGGUUCUGAGUGGUCCGCAUGUCCAGUUGCAGGCCCCGGUUAAAGCGCGGCUCGAUGCGUUACAGCGUGCGUGUACUCGCCUGCUGGAAACGGCUGCUGAACAGGAAAUCGAACUGGGCGCUUAUCCCCAGCUGCAGGCUUUGAUUUUUGCUGUUUCGCGCUGGUUGCGAUCUGAACAGUGGGUCAGUGAGACUGAAUUUGUUCACCUUGUUCAUUCGGAAAAUUCAGAAAUCCGGGUGUCGCGUGUGUGUCUUGAUCCCGGUCCUUACCUGCAGCAGAUCUUCGCAGGUCAUUGUGCAGUGGUGAGAUUUUCAGGCACCGUGACGCCAUUGCCCCUUUACCAGCGCCUUCAUGGCCAGGCUGCAGCAGUUGGUGAACGUGCCCAGAAUCCUUUUCAGGCUGAGCAGGCUGCGGUGAUGGUGAUCAGGGACAUUGACACCUACUUCAAUCAACGUGACGCCAGUUUGCCGAAGCUGGUCCGGUUUCUGAUGGAUCUGCUUGAAGCAAAAAGCGGUCGAUAUCUGGUGGCGCUGCCUUCAUUCAGUUACCUGAGGAAACUGGUUAAUGCCCUUGCUGCUAAAGACGUAGUGACCCUUGCACAAACACCCGGGCAGGAUCAGAUGCGCAGUGGUGAGCUCCUAGAUCAACUCAGAUCACUCGAUGCGGGUAUUAUCUGCAUUGUCAUGGGCGGCGUGCUGGCUGAAUCCGUGGAUUUUUCCGGCAUCUCGCUGCAGGGCGUGGUCAUGGUUGGGUUAGGUUUGCCGCCGCCUUCGCUGGAACGCGACCUGAUGGCACAGUUUUUUGAGCAGGCAGAAGGACCGGGUUGGGGUCAGAUGGUGGCGUAUACACAGCCCGCGCUGGUAAAAAACUUGCAGGCUGCAGGGCGAUUAAUUCGCAGUCCUGAGGAUUUCGGCGUAAUCUGUCUCGUCGAUCCGAGCUACGACAUGUUACGCAAGCUCUACGAAGCAGGCAUGAGCAUGGUGCGCUUGAACAUGUCCCAUUCAGAUCACAAGAGCGCAAAGCAGAUUAUUAACUGGGUGAAAACCCUGAAUCGCAAGAUUGAUCACCCUAUACCUGUUCUGUUGGAUACCCAGGGUCCGGAAAUUCGUACUGGCGAUCUUGAGCAGCCCAUGGAGCUCGCGGAAGGCGAAAUUGUCACGCUGUUUGUACGCGACUCCACUUUUGUUGAAACCAAGUCGAUCAAAGUAAACUACGACGAAAUUGUCGACAUUGUCGACGUGGGCAAAAUUGUUACGGUAGACAAUGGUCUGCUUAACUUUGAAGUGCUGGAGAAAUCCGAUAAUCAGUUGACCUGUCGCGUGGUAGACGGCGGCACUUUGGGGAGUCGGAAACACGUCAACCUUCCCGGCGUACGAGUUAACCUUCCCGCAAUAACCAAAAAAGACCGCGAAGACAUCACGUUUGGCAUCGAAAAUGAGGUCGAUUUUAUUGCCCUGUCUUUUGUGCGCAGCCCCGACGAUGUCACCGAACUGCGCGAGUUUCUCGGCAGCAAACAGAACACCAUAAAGAUUAUUGCGAAAAUCGAAGACCAGGAAGGUGUCACCCAUAUUCACGACAUCGCGCGCCUGGCUGAUGGCGUGAUGGUUGCCCGUGGUGAUCUCGGUAUUGAGACCGAUAUAGCUGACCUGCCUAACGUGCAACGCCGAAUUGUGCAUUCGUCGGCUCAAUGGGGGCGCAGAUGUAUUGUGGCGACCCAUCUGCUGGAGUCGAUGAUCGAGAACCCGAUUCCAACCCGCGCUGAGGUCACAGACGUUGCAAACGCAGUAUACGAAGGUGUUGACGCGGUGAUGUUGUCCGGCGAAACCAGCGUCGGUCAUUACCCGAUACGAUGUGUUGAACAACUGCGCGCGAUUACUACCAAGGCGGAACGAUACCCGGGCCUUGGGUAUGAGAAAGAUCUGAUUGUGACUGACGAUAAGCAGCACGUGGCGGUGCAUGCUGUAGCGCUCGCUGAAGCGAUUAACGCCAGCGGGAUUGUUGUCAUUACCCGGCGCGGGUUUGUCGCAGAUUACGUGACCAACGCACGCCCGAUGCACGUACCCAUUUUCGCGUUUACUAAUCACAGUCAGACUCGCCGUCGGUUGUCGUUGAAUCGAGCGGUUUACGCUUAUCGAACUGCAUUCAGCUCUGACCCGGAAAAAACCCUGCAACGCGCAUUUGAUGUGCUGCGUGAUCGUCAGGGCCUGGACGAUGAUGCCAAAGUGGUGGUGAUAUCAGAUGUGCUUGCAGACAAAGCCAGUGACGCGAUCCAGAUUCGACGCCUGACCUGA